AUGGUCAACCCAACAGUCUCCCUCUCUCAUUUCUCCCGGGCCGAUGGUUCUGCGGUCUACAAAUGCCCCGCCACGGGCUACAACAUCCUCAGCGCAGUCAAUGGACCCGUUGAACUUCCAGCUCGCCGCGAGGCACUGAAGCCCGAAGAGGCUACCGUGGAUGUCUUUGUCAAGCCCGGUACAACCACUGGUGGUGUCGGCGAAAGGGCCGUUGAAUACCAUUUGAGAUCUGUGCUAGGAAAGAUUGUGCUCGGACGCGAGAAGGGAUUCGCUCGCCGCGGUGUGGUCCUGACCCUGAACAUCGUUGGAGGAGAGAAUGUGCAACGUGGUGACUCGUACCUCACCCUCCUCCCGGCUCUCCUGCAUGCCGGCCUGCUUGCCAUGCUUUCCGCUUCCAUUCCUCUGUCCAUGACCUUCUCCGCGGUCCUCCUCGGUGUAACCGAGUCCGGUGACAUUAUCGAAAGUCCCUCCCCAGCUGCCGCCAAGGCUGCCGUGUCCCUCCACGUCCUGGCCAUCUCGUCCAAGAACCAUCUGCUGCUGAACGAGAGCCGAGGCCGAUUCGAUUUGGACACUUGGGAGCUCGUCCGGGCACGCGCACAGUCGAUCUGCCAGGGCGCAGCUAAUACGGAUGGCGAUGUCGCCAUGGGAGAAGGAAAUAACACAGCAAGUGUCAACGCGUUCAUUCGCGAGACUGCGGAGGACCAGAUCUACAGCGACUACGCACACAAGCUUGACUCGAUCUGA